AUGGCGGACAUUGAUAUAUCAGAAUAUAUUCCUGCUAUCAAGGAGAUACUUAUGACUUCCGAUCAUUUAGAGAUCACUGCUAGGGAUGUGCGCCUAAAAUUAGAACAGGAAUAUAAGGUGGAUCUCACUUCUAGGAAACAUGAAGUGCAACGGCUUGUCGAGAAGUGUUUUGACGACUUGGAUAUAAAGAUUAGUGAUAGCGAUACGGAUCAGGUUGUGGUAAAAGAGGAAGUAGAGGUUAAAAAAGAAGAGAAACAUGUUCACACGGGCGAUAGACGACACAAGUCCUCUGUAAAGUCGCGUGAAAAAAGUAAAUCGAAAAGUAAGAAAUCGCAGAAAUCAAGGGUCAAGUAUGAUAUGUCCGACUAUUCGUCCCUGGAGGACGAGAAACCAACACCAAAAGGAAAACGAGUGGUAAAACGUCUUUGGAUGUACAUUAAGGAAAAUGAACUGCAAGAUCCAAAUGAUAAGCGAUACAUUGUUUGUGACGAAAAAUUGAUGAGCAUAUUUAAGCACGAACGAAUCCACAGUUUCACCAUGAAUAAGUAUUUAACCGAUCAUCUGAAAAAGAAGGAGGACCUCGUCGUUAAAGUAGAACAAGGAAAUUUGGGUAGCAUUAACGGGAAUGAUCAUGACUAUACCGAAGUUAAAACCGAAGUUCUGGAUGACGAAGUACAACAAUAUGGGUCCGAUUAUGAUCAUGGUGACUAUGCAGAAGUUAAAGCUGAAGCUCAGGACGAGACACAGUUUGACGAUGAGCACAGUGAAGUCGUCAAUGCAAAUGCAGUGGAAUUCGGAGAGGAUGACGGAGAUGACGAGGAAGAAUGGACACAAUAUUGA